AACAAAAAUUUUACUUAUUUCUUGCAAAUGAGAAUUUGUUGUAAAAGCUAGACUAAACCGACUUGUCUCACUAUGAUUAAUUUCUUUGUUUUUUUUUGUUUGUCUCCUAACGGAAUGUAAACAAUUUCAUGUUGCGAGUUUGACAGCUGUUUGUUAUUGUUCAAGUGCACCAAAGAAUAGAUAAAUGGCCGGUUCCAAUGGAUCUUCUAUACGUUCGUACGUUGUGGCACAUCUAAUAAUGCCUGUAUAGUAUUGUCGAAUAGCGAUGGAAAACAUUUACCUACCAAGAACGGAGCAGGUGAUAUCCGUGUGGGAAGCAUUGGCCGAGUUUCAGAAAGAGCUGUAUCCGGCCGGAAUGAAUAAGAUCGUUGAGUCCGACCAUGACAUAAUGGAAACGAUGGGCCUCGGUGGUAACAAUGCCGAGUUUGAUAAGCUGCUCGAAUCGGUUGAUGUGGGCCAGCUAUCCAGUGCGAAGGACAUACCGGUGAAACCGUUUCAACCUCACCGGAUCACCUGCAAGCAAAAGAUGGCUGAGAUGCCACCGAAAGCGGCACGAUUCAAGUGUGUGCAGCAGGCAUUCAGUAGAGCGAAGGAUCAACGGAACAUUGACGUAAAGCUGCGGUACAACCAUCACAAAUAUAUGGAGCGAAGGCAGGAUCCGGAAUCGGUUAAGGAUUUGGUGCCAUUUCAGGAGAUGCUGUUAAUAAUCCGGUUCUACGAACCAUUCAAAUACAAACCAGGACGACGCAUUGGGCAUCCAAAGUUCCAUCAAGAGUUUUACGUACUUAGUUCGCAGUACUUAACCGAGCUGAAGGACAAAAUAUUUUGCCACUGUGAUUCGGGACCUUUCUACGAAAUCAGCGAAAAUAGGACGGCAGAAACAACGGAAACGAUACCAAAGUCAGGAUUCUUCUUCAUCCACGAUACGUUCUACAACGACUUCCGGGACGAUGCGAAUCACGACUAUUCGGCGGUGAUACAGAAAUGGGCCGAACGGCAGACGUUGAUCGGAGAGCUGAAGACCAGACGGAUGGAAGAGACACGAUUUGGAGAUUUAAAAUUUCGUUUAGGCUAUCCACAGCUGUACCAACAUCAAGGAAACUGUGAACAUUUAUUCAUAGUGAGUGAAUGCAGGCUGUUGGCAACGUCCGACAUUCUUACGAGGGAUCGAUACCCAAUGCUUAACUCGUACGGAAUUGGGCGAGAUGUUCCCUGCAACGUGUGUAGCCUGUGUCAGGCACAAUACAUCGUGCAGAACAGCAAUCGACACAUUUUCGACCCUGCGUACAUCUGUGAAAAUUGCCUAGAUUCGUACCAUUACGAUGAGAACGGGCAGAAGAUAGGCGAAUUCGAUCUGUACAAGUUCUCUCUCAUGAUGGUUCUUAAGAACGAGGAAUCAGAAAGCGAAGCAUCAACAUCACAAUAAAGCUGUACAGGAAGUUUAGUUUAACAGUUUA